AUGAACGAUAUAAUGGACGCCAUGCAGGGCUUUGGGGUGAGCACCACCCGCUACCUGCAGACCAACUAUCAGGACGCCCAGGGCCUGUUUCUCUGGGUCUCCUGGGCCGCGGACCUCAGGAACACGUUCUUCAUCUUCUUCCCGCUUUGGUUUCACCUGCGCUCAUCAGUGGGCAUUAAGCUCAUCUGGGUGGCCGUGAUCGGAGACUGGCUUAACUUGGUGUUCAAAUGGAUCCUGUUUGGGGAAAGGCCUUACUGGUGGGUCCAUGAGACGGCUCAUUAUGCAAACACAGUUCGUCCUCACAUCGAGCAGUACCCCAUGACCUGUGAGACUGGGCCAGGCAGCCCCUCUGGACAUGCUAUGGGAGCUGCAGGUGUUUACUACACCCUGGUGACCUCCAUCCUCGUCAUCAUGACCAGCAAGAAGAAAUAUGGAAACAAGAAAUCCACCAACAAGGACUGGUAUCUGAAGGCUGGUUUGUGGACACUGUUUUGGGGAGUCCAGGUGUGUGUCUGUCUCUCCAGGGUCUUCAUCGCAGCCCACUUCCCUCACCAGGUCAUUGCUGGUGUUAUCACAGGUAUGAUCGUGGCUGAAGCCUUCAACAGAACUCAGUGGAUCUACAACGCCAGCAUGAAGAAAUACUUCUACACGACCCUCUUCUUGACCUCUUUCGCUGUUGGCUUCUACCUCUUGCUCAAAGCUGUGGGCGUGGACCUGUUGUGGACCCUGGAGAAAGCCCAGAAGUGGUGCGUGAGGCCCGAGUGGGUCCACCUGGACACCACGCCCUUCGCCAGCCUCCUGCGUAACAUGGGCACCCUGUUUGGCCUGGGCCUGGGCCUGCACUCGCCCCUCUACACCGAGACAAAGAAGAGCAGCAACACGUUGGUCAAAGCAGGGAGCAUCAUCAGCUCUCUGGUCCUGCUGCACCUGUUUGACUCCUUCAAGCCUCCCACGCACACCGCAGCCCUGUUCUACCUGCUGUCCUUCUGCAAGAGCGCCACUGUGCCUCUGGUCACCGUCAGCAUCAUCCCGUACUGCGUGAACGGAGCUCUGGGCCUGCAGAACAAAAAGGGAGUGUGA